AUGGCAGAAUCGAGCACUCUGGCAGCUUCCGCUGCAUCCACAAGCUCGACAGCUAUAGAGGCUCUCAUCGAGGCGCGACCGCCGGCCACCGACCAGUUCACGUACCUGACUCUCAUCCAAGAGAAUCUGUCACCCGACGUGUUGCCCACAUUACACGAAAUCCUACAAGAUGUCCAGCUGACCCAGGAAAUUGGCUGGGACUUGGUGGAGACGUUAGUACCGCUGCUUCCGGGGUCUGAGUCUUGUCUUGACGAUGUCGCCCGGCUGGGCAACCCGAGGGAGGUGAUCUUGAAGGUACUGGAAGUCUUGGAAGGGCUCAAGACAACCCGACUUUGCGGACCUUCCAAAGGCGAAGAUAAGAGGGGCGGCGGAGGGGGGGAAGAAGACGAAGACGAGGAAGAAGAGCUCGCAAAUGUCGAAGAGGGGAAGGAGGAAGACCCGCAAACAGCCGAGAUGACCACCAGGACUUUUGUUGUGCUGCUGGGAAUGUUGAGCGUCCUUCAUCGGCGGAUAAAGACAAAAUACCCAUCCCGCUUCCUCGAGACGACACUGCGGACCAUCCUAGCUGCCUACCGCCCCGAUCAGCUGGCCAUGACGACGGCUGUUCUCGGUCUAGUUCGCUCCCUCUCUGCAAACAAACGGCCCUUGCCACCACUGCGUCGGUCACAACCACAUCUGAUGACGCUGGAUCUGGCAGCCGGAGGAUCCGAAUCUUCGAAAGAAAGCAAAGGGACGAGUACGGACGCAAGCACUUCGAUAUCAGGUGCGUUGGUGCGACAAAUCAGCGCCAUCGGCCAGGUGGCCAGCAACACGGACCAGACGGACGAGUCAGCCGUGUCUAUACCUGACCCAGAGGCCGAGGAUCUUGUGGACCCGGCAGAAGGCGCUGUACAGCAACGGCUGCUUCAGUCGUUUUUGACGUGUAUACUCGAAGCCUACGUCAACGCCAAUGAAAUGGCAUGGGCGCCACGGCUAUUCGAACACUAUCAUCCGAAUAAGAUUGUGCCGGGUCGUCCGACAGCUCUACAGAGAUUCCGCGAAGACCCGGAUCUGGCGGCUCGAGACUCUACGGUUGGAAAGCUUGUGGCUCUUGCUCUGGACCUCGGCCUCAAAUACUCGGAUGCAUUUGUGCACAGCGUGAGCAAUGGGCCAGUGCGACGUAAUCCUCUCGCAGCAAUUGAUAUCGCCGCUACUGGCACUGGCGGACGCCCCGUUGCCCCGGAGAUGCACAUAUUUCCAGACCACUAUGCGAUUUUGAAGGCAUAUCUUGAAGAUGGUGCAGCAUCCGAGGUUGGGCGAUCACCAGGGACCGUUGAGGCCAUUGUGACCUUUGGCAUGUGGCUGGAACACAGUGGACUGUACUUUGAGUCACCCGCAAGCGCCGAAGCACCUGUGCCAACGCCCUACAUGCCUUAUCACCAUCUGCUGACGCUCUGCUCCAUGCUUCACCCGUCUCUUCCGGUGCGCAAUGCGGCCACGUCGUUGGCAGGUGCGGUGUUGCAUGCCGAUCCGGAUCCGGAGGACCGUCUGAAGAUCCUGCAGGAUCUGUUGGAGAAUUGCAUGUUUGCCUCGCUCAAGGCGUGUGCGGUGACAUGGCUUCGGGAGGAGAUCAUUGCGGCAGGCAAUGGCACCGGAGCUAGAGCACAGAAGGCGACAGCUGCAGCAACGAGUACUCCAUUUGGCAGCACAGAGGCGGUCGAACAGCUGCAGUACGCCAUCUUCCCAGAUCUACAGGCGCUGCACCAGAACGUAACAGCGAGCACGCCAGAGAACGAUGCGCGGGCCGUGUUGCUGGAAUACUGGAUCCAGAACUCGCCAUUUUUGUUGCAGGCGGCUAAUUUUGCGUACUUCCUGUUUCAGUCGGAGCGGUUCCGGGCCACGGUGGUGCCACCGGGAAUGGGGCCGGCCAUAGGGCAGCGGUACGUGGAGCCGCUGGUGCAGGCGGCAAUGCGACUACGACGGGAGCUGGACGACGGUGGCGGCAAGGUGGCCGAGACGGCCGAGACGGCUGAGCUGGAACACAUUUCCAUGGACCUGGAAGUACUGGCUAGCCGGCUGCAGAGCCUGGAACUUUCCUGA